AUGAUGAGAGACAGUAAUCUUCCGGAAGAUAUGGUGAUCACAGAAAUUCUUCCAAAAUUGCCAGUGAAAUCUCUCAUGAGGUUUAAGUGCGUCUCGAAAAAAUGGUUUUCUCUCAUCACCAAUGACCCCAAGUUCAUCGCAGCCCACCUCCAAUAUCAUCAAUCCAAGAACACCAAAUUUUUCUCCAUUAUUGAAAGAAAACAUGAUCCCGUGUGGAAGUACGAGUUGGGAAAGUUUUUGGUUCUCAAUUACGAAUCAAAGGACGCAAUAUUUGAUCAGACUUAUCUAGAGAAAUCAUACUUAUCAUCAAAUAUUAACAAUAUCGUUGGAUCUUGUAAUGGCUUGGUAUGCCUUAGUACUUUUCAUAUGGUCAAUGGCACAAAAAUAAUCUUGUGGAAUCCAGCAACCAGAGAAUUCAGGGACAUUCCGGAUGUAACCUUUCCAACAGACGUCUUCUCUGCAAGUGGUCCUUUAGGGUUCGGAUUCGAUAAAAAUAGCAAGGAUUACAAGUUGGUUAGAAUCAUGAAAAGUUUGUCAACUAAUAUUUAUAACUAUAAUGUUGAUCAAAUACUUCUACACCCCCAUGUAUUCACUAGAGGAAGCAACUGUUGGAGAAGUUUGAAACCCGUAAAGGGGUGGAUUUGGAACGAAAAUAGAACGGUUUUGGUGAACGGAGUCUUGUAUUGGACGGGGUUAACGCCGCAACGUGAAAGUUGCAUUUGGUCUUUCAAUUUGCGCGACGAGGAGUUUCAGACAAUAGAACAACUGCCUGCUGAUUUUGGUGAUGUUGCUAGUGACUACCGCCUUGCUCUUUGUAAGUGGAAAGAUUCGAUAUUGGCAGCGCUGACCACGCCCAAGCACAUUGGCAGCGACCACUAUUUUUGGCGGAUGAGCAGCCUGAAUUUCUCUUGGACUAAGCUGUUCAUAAUCAGUGGCUCUUUGGGGUACUUAAACUUCUGUGGAGUUUGGAUGGAUCAACUUCUUUUCGAAAAGGAUUUUGUUGAGCCGAAAGUUCUGCAAAUUUGGUUGUGUGAUCCCAUCAAGGGAAGUGAUCGGAAAGUAUUUGAGGAAAAUGAUUAUAAGAGUGAAAAAUGGUUUUACAAACUUGAUUGCGUAGCUCAUGAUUAUGUGCCGAGUCUGGUUUCAGUCCAUACUCAGCCAAAUAAUUCUCAUGGCCUAAUUAAUUAA